AUGAAUGAUUCAUCCCCAUUUGGUUCUUUCCAUCCUGAUGAGAGUUAUACGACUCGUAUUAAAAAUAUUUUAACCGAGUACCCGGAUGGAUCUCAGAUACUUAGAGAAAUUUUACAAAAUUCUGAUGACGCAAAAAGCACUAUUCAAACUUUUAUUUUGGAUCAUAAUACUUAUCCUACUGAAAAAUUAUGUGAUCCAAGACUUGAUAGAUACCAAGGUCCUGCACUUUUAGCUGCCAAUGAUACGAUCUUUCAACCUGAUGAUUUUAAAUCUUUAUUGAAUUUGGCUAAUAGUGAGAAAAAAAAUAAAUUUGAUAAAAUUGGAGUAAUGGGUAUCGGUUUCAAUUCAGUGUUUCAUAUUACUGAUGUUAGUUCCAUUAUUUCUGGGUCUUCUUAUGUUCUUAUUGAUCCUCAUGCUCGUGGUUAUUGUGAUCAACCACCUGGUCAAAGAGGUUUCAAGGGUGAUUUUGUAGAACACGAUCUAGUAAAAAAGUAUCCUGAUCAGUUUAUGCCAUUUUCAGUAGCUUUAAAUAAUAAUUUAAAUGAAUUUUAUAAUGGAACGAUAUUUCGAUACUCUCUUCGAACGAAAAUGGAUGCAAAAGAAUCAGAGAUUUCCGAUAAAAUAUAUCAAAUUGAUCAAAUAAAAGAAAUGUUUGAAACUUUCUUUAAUGUUGAUAACAUUACUUGUCUCAUGUUUUUGAAAUAUAUUGAAAAGAUUUCAUUUUAUGAGAUUAAAAAAGGUGAAACUAUUCCUACUCUUUUAUAUCAAAUUGAAGUUACUAAUGCUAAAGAAAUAUCUGAUAAAAGAAAAUUAUUGGCUAAUAAUAUAAUAUCUAUGAUAAAAUCUCCAACAAAUUCUGGAAAUUUUGAAACUAUUUACAAAAUGAAUUUCUGUCAAAGUUCUUCUCAAUGUAAUCUAAAAAGUGAAUGGCUAAUUAUCAACUAUAUUGCUGAUGUUAAUGAUAAAGAUUAUAUUAAAUUUAAGAAAUAUGUUCGUGAUUGCAAAUUUGUACCAAAUGUUGGAUUGGCUGCAAGAAUUGAUGAUGUGUCAAAGAAUAAAGGAAAGCUUCAUUGCUUUUUACCGUUGCCUGGAUAUAAGGAUGACUUUUCUGUUUCUGUCAAUGGUUGCUUUGCUGUCAGUAAAAAUAGAAGGAAUCUGGAAAAUUCAAUGGACGAAGACCUG